AGAGGAACAGGAGGGAGCCCGGCUGGCUCCGUGGAACGGCGCUGGCACCGCUGGCCCUUCAAACCCGAGCUGCGUGACCCCCUGUAGGCAGCGCCCCGCGCUCUCCCGGCGGUUGCCCGUUUAAGGGCCGGGGCCGUUGUCCCUUGCGGCUCCGCCCCGCGCCCCCCCGCCGCGCCUUAGGCCACGCCCACGAAGCCCCUCGGGGCGGGGAGAGGCGUGACCAGCGGCUCCCCCCCACCCCUGGCCACGCCCCUCGCCCCUCUUAAAGCGGCAGCGGCGGCGGGAGCGCGCGCCCGGAGCCGUUACGCAGGUUGCCGCCGCGAUGCUGCUGCUUCGAGCCGUCGCCGGGCGCAGGUUCCUGCCGCUGCCCCGUCGCAGCUGCUCCCGCUUCCCCUCCGGCGGCCCGGCCCUCGGGGGACGGCGGGGAGCGGCCCCGGUGCUGGCGGCGCUCCUGGGCCUCGGAGCCGUCCUGGCCUACGGAGAACGGCGGCGGCGGGGUGCCCAGGCGGCCCAGGCUACCCCUGCACCUCGCUGCCCACUGUACACACGGGAGGAGGUGAGGCGGCACCGCACCCCCCAGGACCGUGUCUGGGUAACCCAUGGCACUGAGGUCUUUGACGUCACCGACUUCGUGGAGCUGCACCCUGGAGGGGCUGACAAGUUGCUGCUGGCAGCUGGUGGAGCCCUGGAACCUUUCUGGGCCCUCUAUGCUGUCCACAACCAGCCCCAUGUCCUGGAGCUGCUGCAGGAAUAUAAGGUGGGGGAGCUGAGCCCUGAUGAGGUGCCACCAGCUCCAGCUGCCAACCAGGAUCCCUUUGCCAAGGACCCUCCCCGGCACCCCGGGCUGCACGUCAACAGCCAGAAGCCGUUCAAUGCAGAGCCACCAGCAGAGCUUCUGGCUGAACGCUUCCUGACACCCAAUGAGCUCUUCUUCACCCGCAACCACCUGCCAGUGCCAGUGGUGGACCCUGGGUCCUACCGGCUGCAAGUGGAGGGGCCGGGGGGCCGGGCGCUCUCGCUCUCUCUGGCUGAGCUGCGCAGCCGCUUCCCCAAGCACGAGGUGACGGCCACACUGCAGUGUGCCGGCAACCGCCGGUCAGAGAUGAGCCGUGUCCGGCCCGUCAAGGGGUUGGCGUGGGAUAUCGGGGCCAUCAGCACAGCCCGCUGGGGUGGUGUGCGCCUGCGUGAUGUCCUGCUGCAUGCUGGCUUCAGGGAGGAGCAGGAGGGCGAAUGGCACGUCUGCUUUGAGGGGCUGGACGCUGACCCUGGGGGAGCCCCCUAUGGAGCCUCCAUCCCCUAUGGCCGUGCCCUCAGCCCAGCUGCGGAUGUGCUGCUCGCCUAUGAGAUGAAUGGCGAGGAGCUGCCCCGUGACCACGGCUUCCCCUUGCGAGUGGUGGUUCCUGGCGUGGUGGGUGCCCGCAGCGUCAAGUGGCUGCAGCGUGUGUCUGUCAGCCCGGCUGAGAGCCCCAGCCAUUGGCAGCAGAACGACUACAAGGGCUUCUCCCCGUGUGUGGACUGGGACACAGUGGACUUCACGACUGCACCCGCCAUCCAGGAGCUGCCAGUGCAGUCGGCCAUCACCCACCCACGCGCCGGGGCGGCGGUGCCAGCUGGGGAGCUGACGGUGAAGGGCUAUGCCUGGAGCGGAGGCGGGCGGGAGGUGGUGCGGGUGGACGUCUCACUGGACGGCGGCCAGACGUGGCAGGUGGCGCGGCUGGUGGGCGAGCGGCCAGCGCCGGGGCGUGCCUGGGCCUGGGUGCUGUGGGAGCUGCCGGUGCCGGUGGUGGCGGGGGCCGAGCUGGAGAUCAUCUGCAAGGCAGUGGACAGCAGCUACAACGUGCAGCCUGACACCGUGGCGCCCAUCUGGAACCUCCGUGGGGUCCUCAGCAACGCCUGGCACCGCAUUCACGUUACCGUCAGCCGCUGACCGUCCUGGCGGCUUUCCCCGCUCGUCUGCAGCCGCUGUGGCUCAAAGGUCGCUGCCUUUUACAGCCCCUGAUGUGUGAAAGUGGCUCCAUAAAGAUUGCGCAGUUUUA